CACUCGUCUGCGACGGCGCCUGCGCGAAACACCAUGCUGAUGGCAAGGUGCAGCGGUCCUGUCUUGCUCUGCCUGCGGCAGGGACUCGGAACCAAUUCAUUCCUGCGCGGCCUAGGGCAAGAGCCCUUCGAAGGAGCUCGGUCACUGUGUUGCAGGUCCUCGCCUAGAGACCUGCGAGACGGAGAAAGAGAGCACGAGGCGGCACAAAGGAAAGCCCCAGGAGCAGAGUCUUGCCCAUCUCUCCCUCUGAGCAUCUCGGACAUUGGGACCGGAUGUCUUUCGUCACUGGAAAACCUCAGACUGACUCCGAGGGAAGAGUCAUCCCCUCGAGAGCGCGAGGACUCAAGUGGAGACCAGGGCCGGUGCGGUCCGGCACACCAGAUAUCCGAGGAUCCUUCGAUGCUCUCGCAGGCCCAGUCUGCUACCGAGAUCGAAGAGCCUCACGUCUCCCCUUCUUGUUCAACUUCAAGACAGAGACCCUUUCAGGUUGGGGAACUGAUUUUAGCUGAGACUGAGAAGAGAGAAACACAAUUUAAGAAAUUAUUUAGAUUGAACAAAGUUGGACUCUUAAAUAGUAGCUGGGGGGCAGUCCCGUUCAGCAAGAUCGUGGGCAAGUUCCCCGGCCAGAUACUGAGGAGUUCCUUGGGUAAGCAGUUCACGCUGAGGAGGCCAGCAUUGGAAGACUAUGUAUUAUUGAUGAAAAGAGGGACUGCCGUAACAGUCCCAAAGGAUAUUAGUAUGAUUCUCUUGAUGAUGGAUAUCAGCCCAGGUGAUACUGUUUUGGAAGCUGGCUCAGGCUCUGGUGGAAUGAGCUUAUUUUUAUCCAAAGCAGUUGGAUCACAAGGACGAGUCAUAAGUUUUGAGGUACGAAAAGACCACCAUGAUCUGGCUAAGAAGAAUUACGAACACUGGCGUGAUUCAUGGAAAUUAAGUCAUGUAGAAGAGUGGCCAGACAAUGUGGAUUUUAUUCAUAAGGAUAUUUCAGGAGCAACCGAAGACAUAAAAGCUUUAACAUUUGACGCAGUAAGUUUUCUAACAUGGGUCCUGUGUUACUCCUUUGACUACAGAGAAGAUAGGGAAAUGUACAUUUUUCACUUUUCUGAAAGCAUCACACAGGUUAUCGAACUUUUAGAUGGAAUUCGCAUCUGUGAACUUGCUCUUUCAUGUGAAAAGAUAAGCGAGGUCACUGUCAAAGAUUGGUUGGUUUGCCUUGCAAAACGGAAAACUGGAAUUUUAGCUCAAAAAGUAGAACCUAAAAUCAACAUAGAUGUACAACUAGAUUCGCAAAAGAAAACUGGAGUUGAAGAUGAGCUGUUUCAAGAGGAUGACCGUGAAGAAUCACAUUCUGAUUUUCCAUAUGGAUCAUUUCCCUACGUUGCUAGACCAGUACACUGGCAACAUGGUCAUACAGCUUUUCUUGUCAAGUUGAGGAAGGUCAAACCACAACUGAGUACUCCAGAUGACAGCAACUGACUUGAAGAUGGAAAAAUAUCAAAAUAGAACCUUAUAUUGAAAAUCACUACUUUCAUAGAUUGGCAUUUUUAGCUAUUACUGUGACUUAUAUAACUUUUACAUAUAAUUUUGAAAAUAACAAAUAAAAUAAAGAUGUAUAACAUGGCAAAACUGCUUAAACGUCCCAUUUUGACACUUGUCUUGCAGUUAGUUUGACAUUUUGUAGUUAAUGAUUCCAAAUUGAUUUAGUUGGACCAUCUCAUUCUUCGCUUCCUGUGAACCACUCCAUAGAUUUGUCUUUCUUCAAGAAAUUAGUUUUCUUUCCUUUAUUUGAUUGAUGGUCAUUGACUACUGAAAUAAAAUUGCAUUUUAAGAUAAA